GAAUCCUCCUCCCACCACACAAUCCACUGAAAUUUGCUGCACUGCUGUUGCUCGUUCAACUGUGCAUGGUGUUUGCGCUGACGCGUUCACUGGCAAAGCUUCUGCGGCCACUUCGACAACCACUCGUCAUUGCAGAUGUUAUAGCAGGUAUCUUGCUGGGUCCCACAGGGUUUGGACAGAUCAGAGGCUUCACAGAGAACAUUUUCCAUGAGGAUUCCAUGCUUGUGCUUGAUGUAUUUGCAGAAAUUGGUCUGAUCUUUUUCCUGUUUACUAUAGCUCUGGAGCUCGAUCCAGAGACCACUCAUAUAAACGCUGUGGCAAUUGCAGUUUCUAUAGCUGGGCUGCUUGUGCCAUUUGCAUUUGGAGCAGGUUUAGCCGUUUAUCUGUACAAUGAUGAUGAUCUCAUGGAGGGUUCGAAGAAUCCGAAAGACAGGGUGUCGUUUGGGGCCUUUGCAGUCUUCACCGGUGUGUCGAUGUGCAUCACGGGUGUGCCAGAGGUUGCAUGCAUUCUGGCAGAUGCGAUGGUCCUGACGACAGACUUGGGCGGACUAGCGAUGACCAAUGCAGCCAUCGACGACCUGAUGGGCUGGGUUCUUCUGUCAUUGGCCAUAACUUUGACAAAUGCGGAAGGAAAUCCAUUAGUUUGUGUCUACUACCUACUCCUUGGCACUAUGUAUUUUCUCGUUAUGUUCUAUGGCGUAAAACGACUGUUGAGGAGACUGAUCUGGAACCUUCCGCCAUGUCAAGAGAUCCCUGAGCAUGUUAUUGCCAUGUCAUUGGCCCUCUGUAUACUGGCUUCCUUCAUCGCCGACCUUUGCGGCAUGCACGCAGUGUUCGGUGCAUUCGUGUUUGGUUUGAUCGUUCCGCAGCACAAGAAUCUCAAGCAAUCCCUCAUAUCGAAAGUGGAAGACUUUGUUGUCAUAAUUAUGCUGCCGCUGUACUUCGUGAGCUCGGGUAUGAAGACGGAUGUUAAAAAUAUCCGAAGCGUAAAGAUGUUUGCGGCCCUAAUAUUCAUCACUCUGAUAGCGAUUGCGGGGAAGAUUGGGGGAGUGUAUGCUGCUGCCAGGCUGACUAAGCUUAGCCCACACAAAGCGAUUACACUCGGCGUGCUGAUGAACACGCGAGGGCUCAUUACAGUCAUAAUCCUGAACAUUGCUCACCAAAAGAAUGUGUUUGGAGAUACGCUUUUCACAAUAAUGGUCAUCAUGGCACUGUUCACUACUUUCAUGACAGCACCAAUCAUUAGGUAUCUGAUAAAGCCUGUGGUAAGGAAGCAUGAUGAAGUAGCGAGGAUGAUCAGCAAUGCCGUUGUGGUAGGACAUACGAGUACUAACGGUGAGGAAGAGGCGGCUGCAGAGGAGCUCAAGCUGUUUGUGUGUGUGCAUGGGUUACGUGACGUCCCGGCUUUGGUGAAUUUGCUGUAUAUGGUGUCGGAGCGAACGGGAGGGAGGGUGCCCCUCUGUGUGUGUGCUCUCCAUUUGAUUGAGUACUGGGAUAGCCCAUCAUCAGCAAUGCUGAUGUCGCAGGUUAACCAAGGACAAAAAUCAUUCAGCAACGAUGAGGUGGAGGAGCCUGAUUAUGUGGGGAUGAUUUUCCAAACCUAUGGGAGAUUUACAAAAAUACCUGUCAAGACAAUGAGAGCCAUUUCCAGCACCAAGAGUAUGCAUGAGGAUAUCUGUGCUGCUGCGGCCGAGGAAAAGGCAAAUAUGGUCAUCCUGCCUUUCCAUAGGCACAGGGGCCCUCAAGGCCUUCUGGAUACCAUCCAUCCUGGGUACCGCCCUGUCAAUCUCCGUAUUCUCGAGGACGCUCCCUGCUCCAUCGGAAUUCUGAUAGGCCAUGGUCCUCAGGGGUCUGACCACAGACAGCGGAUGGACGCAGUACAAAACAUCAUCGUUUUCUUUGUUGGAGGAGCAGAUGAUCAGGAGGCUCUGACAUUCGCCAGCCAUACCCUGGAGCAUCCAAACACUGUAUUACGUGUCAUAAGAUUCCGUCAGAGCAAACAGAUGUUUGCCGAGCAGUCGGCACCAAGCAAUGUUGGUAAGGGACCUGAACAGCAGUAUGCGGGCAAUCUCGAUAGUUUCAGGAGGGAGGGGAAAGAAAGGAUCAUCAGUGCUGUUGAACAGCAGUCUGGGAAUCGUGAUACCCCUCAGGAGUUCAGCAAUGCAAACAUCAGGGUUAAUGAGUCAUUUAAAGCCAAGGAAGACGUAUCUAAGGAUGACCUGAUCGUGGAAGCUCUAAAGGAGAAGAGUAGAGCGCUUGCCAAUCGGAAACAUAGUUCCGGAAGCUCGACACAGUUCAUCUUUGAGGAUAUUGAAACUGAUGAUGUUGCAGGGACUGCAGUGCAGUUGGCGAAGGAGGAGAAGUUGGAUCUCAUCUUGACUGGCAGAAGGAGCCCUGCACAUGUCCUUGCAGAUCUCUCAAUGCAGAAUAAGAGCGCAAAUUGGGUUGAUGCCAAUGAACUUGGCACUAUCGGUGAUGCUCUGGCUGCUCCUGACAUCAGAAUGAUGGCCUCUAUUCUGGUUAUUCAGCAGCAUGAUCCCACACGCCGUCCCAAGUCAUCAACUGGUGCCACACCAUCCCACUCUUUCACACAAAGGGCUUUGCAGAGGAUACGACAAGGUGGCUUACUAGCCAAGCAGACACAUCAACCGACCCUGUCUUGAAAGUCCAGGUCAAGGAAGGGAUGCAUAUACCUACCGUCCUCACCCGAAUAGAACGCCCGGUCAUUAUCGCUGUAUGUAGACUGAAAGUUGCACCAAAUACUGCUAUAAUGACCGGGCGUUCUGUUCGGGUGAAGACAGUCGGUGAACGGUACUCUACGCACAUGCAGCUUAAACAG